AUGUUUCACACAGGCACCGUUUACCUCGAAAGGGACAUGCCAGCAUCUUCAUCCCAUUCGUGUUUCAAGCAUUUGGAGCUCCCGGAUCCCACGUUCAAACAUUCAUUCUGCUUCUUUUCUUUUUCUCCAGGUUCAGCAUCUUCCUUUAGUCAGCAACCUCAGGACCAGGUGGUGAUAGCUGGACAACCUGUGACCCUCCUGUGUGCUAUUCCCGAAUAUAAUGGAAUUGUGCUAUGGAUUAAAGAUGGCCUUGCCCUCGGAGUAGGAAGGGAUCUCUCCAGUUAUCCACGCUAUUUGGUUGUGGGGGAUCACCUCUCAGGGGAGCAUCACCUGAAGAUCCUGAGAGCAGAUCUCCAAGAUGAUGCGGUAUAUGAGUGCCAAGCCAUUCAAGCGGCCAUCCGUUCCAGACCAGCCCGGCUGACCGUUCUUGUACCUCCAGACGAUCCAAUCAUCAUUGGAGGACCAAUCAUCAGCCUGCGAGCUGGAGAUCCACUGAAUCUGACCUGUCAUGCUGACAAUGCCAAACCAGCAGCAACUAUCAUCUGGAUGAGGAGGGGAGAAGUCAUCAAUGGAGCCACCUAUUCCAAAACGGUAGUCCGUGAUGGCAAGAGAGAAAGCAUCAUGAGCAUGCUGUUCGUCUCUCCAUCUGACAUUGAGAAUGGCCAAAUCAUCGUCUGCCGAGCGACCAACAAAGCGGUUCCAAGUGGAAAGGAGACUUCAGUCACCAUUGACAUCCAACAUCCACCUCUCGUCAAUCUGUCAGUAGAACCUCAGCCCGUCCUUGAAGACAACACAGUAAAGUUUCACUGCUCUGCCAAAGCUAAUCCCGCAGUUACCCAAUACAGGUGGGCCAAAAAGGGCCACAUUAUAAAGGAAGCAUCAAGUGAUGCUUAUGAGACCAUUGUUGACUUCACCUAUUUCUUUGAACCCAUCUCUUGUGAGGUGACCAAUGCUCUGGGCAGUACCAACAUCAGCAGAACGGUCGAUGUCUAUUUUGGGCCACGCAUGAUGACGGAACCACAGUCUCUUCUUGUGGAUCUUGGAUCCGAUGCCGUAUUUAAUUGUGCCUGGAUUGGAAACCCAUCUCUGACCAUCGUUUGGAUGAAGAGGGGCUCUGGUGUGGUCCUGAGCAACGAGAACACGCUUACAUUGAAAAACGUGCACCAAGAAGAUGCUGGGAAGUACGUGUGCCGUGCUGUGGUCCCCCGUGUGGGUGCAGGAGAGCGAGAGGUGUCUCUGACCGUCAACGGGCCUCCCAUCAUCUCCAGCACACAGACCCAGCAUGCUCUCCACGGAGAGAAAGGCCAGAUCAAAUGCUUCAUCCGCAGCACGCCUCCACCAGACCGAAUCGCCUGGUCAUGGAAAGAAAACGUCUUGGAGUCCGGAACUUCGGGGCGAUACACAGUAGAAACCGUCAGCACCGAUGAAGGUGUCAUCUCCACCUUAACCAUCAGCAACAUCGUGCGGGCGGACUUCCAGACCAUUUACAACUGCACCGCCUGGAACAGCUUUGGCUCGGACACCGAGAUCAUACGCUUGAAAGAACAAGAGUCAGUGCCCAUGGCAGUCAUCAUAGGUGUGGCCGUUGGAGCUGGGGUGGCUUUCUUAGUCCUGAUGGCCACCAUUGUGGCUUUCUGCUGUGCUCGUUCCCAGAGAAAUCUGAAAGGAGUCGUUUCAGCCAAGAAUGAUAUUCGAGUGGAGAUUGUUCACAAGGAAUCUGCCUCAAGCAGAGAAAGUGAAGAACACCCAGCAAUCAAACAGUUAAUGAUGGACAGAAGUGAGUUCCAGCAAGAUUCGGUCCUUAAACAACUGGAGGUCCUCAAGGAGGAAGAGAAAGAAUUCCAGAAUUUGAAGGAUCCCACGAACGGCUACUACAGUGUGAACACCUUCAAGGACCACCACUCCACGCCCACCAUCUCCCUCUCAGGUUGCCAGCCAGAGAUGCGGCCCGCCAACAAGCAGCGCGUGCCGACAGGCAUGUCCUUCACCAACAUCUACACAACCCUGAGCGGGCAGAACCGCCUCUACGACUACAGCCAGCGUUUCAUCCUGGGCAUGGGGAGCAGCUCCAUCGAGCUGUGCGAGCGGGAAUUCCAGCGGGGUUCCAUGAGCGACAGCAGCUCCUUCCUGGACACACAGUGCGACAGCAGCGUCAGCAGCAGCGGGAAGCAGGACGGCUACGUACAGUUCGACAAGGCCAGCAAAGCUUCGGCCUCAUCUUCUCACCAUUCGCAGUCCUCCUCCCAGAACUCGGACCCUAGCCGGCCUCUGCAAAGGAGGAUGCAGACCCACGUGUGAACGGACGGGACGAAACUGGCAAUGGGAGGGGAAGGAGGAUGGGAUAGACUGGCCAGCAGGUCAAGAGACCACCUGAGCUGACUCCUGGCCCUGCUGAAGUCAGCAAAUCCUGGUGGUGGGGGGGGGAAAGGGAGACUGUUUGACCAGUUUAUUUGUGUUCUAGUGACCUGUAGCUCCACAAAGCCCCUCUUCUCCCUUUCUUCUCUAGAGUAAAGGCUAACGCAAGGCGAAGGGCGCUAGACGAAGCCUUGCACUGCAGAUAGGACUCUUCGGAGAGACUUAAUGCCUUCUUUCCUAGACCUGUUGACUCCCUUCCACAAGGGGGGAAGGACUCACGACAGCUGAACCCAAACUAACCUUAAGCACAAUGUCCAUUUCCUUCCUGUAGCAAACCCUGGCGUGGAAGGGGUGGUGGGAACAAAGACAAGGGAAAGGACGGAUCACUUAUUUGGGAAAUCUCCCCGGGGGUCCCUUCUUUUAGGGAGGACGGGCUUCUAAACCCAACGGUGCAGGAAUAACGACAUCCAUGGCCUUCAGCGGGAGGCUAAGCAUCCUUGCUUUUCCGACCAAAUAAGAUAAUCUCCCUGGAGAAUAUUGGAGGUAGCUAUGACCAUCUAUCACCUACCAGCAAAUUUAUAUUUCCCAGUUCAUCCAACUGGCUCCCCGGGUUGGGCCCAGGGGAGGCAUCUAAGCUGCCUUUCGCUGGCAUGUCAUCUACCUUGGGUCGGUUCCUGAAGAUGAAUCGACUGAUGCUUCUAGAAUCCUCCAUGCUUUCCACUUCCUCUUCCUCUUAGUGACAACGAUUCCUGUCUGUGGACAUUUUGGAGAAGGUGCAUCUUCAACGCUGCCCCGUCACGUGCACCAGCAAAGCCAACCCCUCCCUGCUGCUUAGCCUCAUUUGCAAAUUGUACGGGGUGGGGGUGGGGAGCUGUGUCCUUCAAAGCAACCUCAAACAACAUGGCUUAACUUAAGGAAGUUUCCGUGUGAGGGGGAGGGGGAUAGCCAUUGGUGUAAUGACGUGCACUGACUGCUAAACCUGGUCUCUUAUUAUUUUUAAUGACUUUUCUUUUGUUUGGUGUUUGGUGUGUUUAUC